ACAAAUUCAGUUGUCUGUGAGCCUCUUUGUUUUGCCUGUUAGGUUUGAAUUAUGCUAGUUAUAAACAUGUAUCAUUUAAAAAAUGAUAAAAAAUAAACAAAAUGGCAUAAUAUUAGGCUAAAACCGUACGGUUUUGCCCGGGUUUUAUUUUCCAGUUAUUUUUUCUGUGCCGCAAAUGAAAUAAACAUAAGCAAAGCGAUGGGAGUGAUUUCCUCUAUUCUGGGUACACCGUGCUGCUUGGUUGGGAACCACGCCCAUCGCUAAGCCCCGCCCAUCAGUAGUAUUUACUGGCGGUGCGCUGUGUUCAGAGCUCAUUGCGCGUUGUGUUUUAAACUGCUGCGACACGGCACACUUCACUAUCCGAAUGGUUGUCGAAGUCAGAUCGAGUUUACCCCACUGCAGCAAAGCAAUGGAUGGAAACCAGCAUAAAGUGGUUGCAAACAUCCUGCUGCUUGGAGCCGAAAAUGUCGGGAAAUCAGCUCUAACUGUGCGGUUUCUUACCAAAAGAUUUAUUGGUGAAUAUGGUGAUAUUGAGUCAAUAUACAGUCACAUAGACAAAAUUGAUGGGCGGGAGAUCUCCUUCAACAUCUGGGACUCCUUGUAUCCACAGAGCUGUGAGAGCUCUGAGUCAGUGACUGAAGAACAGCUCCGCUGGGCAGAUGGCAUUGUGCUCGUCUACAGCAUCUGUGACCGCUCCAGCUUCGAGGUGGUGCAGCAGCAGGUAGCACUUAUCCAGAAGCUGUCCUCUUCCUUCAGCUCCUCAGUGCCCAUGGUGGUGGUGGGCAACAAGCGGGACCUGCAGCAUCGUCGCGUUGUCUCAAGUGAGGAAGGGCGAAUGCUUGCCCUCUCAGCAGACUGUGGCUUCUUCGAGGUCUCAGCAGCCGAGGCGUACCAUGGCGUUCUCCUCGUCUUCCGUGGCCUGCAUGAGCUCAUAAAGGAGGCUAGGGGUGUCAAGAAAGGAGCAGCUGGUAUUAUGGGCAUUGUGAGGACUGUAUCCGCUGUCUUCAGCAAGAAACGGGGAGUAGGGCCUCUUUUUUAUGAAAGAUGAUUCUGUGACCAAUAUGUCAAGUCCCCAUGCACAGACAGCAUGAUUAAUAGCCAGAGAGGGCAAGAGUGAAGAGCGGACAACCAUGGAUCCUAUGAAAGAGGAGUAAUUGUAGGAACCGGUUUGUCUUUUUGUAAGUUGGAGGCUGAAAUGAAGAUCCUAGAAGGUGUACUGAGAUGAGAACAUGGUUUCUUCAUGUAUCUGAGCAGGUGUGAACCUCUGGAUAGUGUACAGCCAGUGUCUUUCUGAUCAUGGAGUGAUACAAGCCAAGUAAAGGGGUCUGAGAGCUGUUCUAAGAGUUUCAGGAGAAUCUGAGAGAUGUGCAAAUGCAUUUGAGGGUUAAAUGCAAGUGCGACAUUCUGAAGACAAUAUAUUCAUACAACCUGUGUAUAUAGCCUACUGAAGAGCUUUGUAAAUAAUCCUAGGUUUCUUUUGUACCAGUGCUGAAGAACCUGUGUAAAUUGACUGCUAAUUGAGAUUCUGCAUGGAAAGUUCUAUAUACUACAGUUUUAUAGAUUAAAGAAAAUAAAAAUGCUUUAAAAAUCAA